AUGCUUCUAUGCACCCUGUGAUUUAGGGCACGGGAGAGACUGCUGUGGAACCAGUUCGUGCCCCAGGAAAGCAGCUCGCAUGGGAGGAGCGGGAGCAGAGAGUAUAAAUCAGAGGUGUCAUUCGCUGGGGGGGCAGGCUGUGUGCAGGUCACUGGAGGUGAUGAAAACUCUAGCGAGCUGGCUGUCCCUGGCCGUCUGUAUGAGUGCACUGAAAGCAGAAUUUAUUUCCCGUUUGCAUUAUCCAAUUCAAGGGUUUGUUAACAGUACCUGUGUCUUUCCAUUUACUUAUGGUGACGUCAUCUACUACAACUGCAUUUCCAUCCACAGCGAUUAUGCCUGGUGUUCUCUUGACAGGAAAUUCCAAGGCAGAUGGCGGUACUGCACCGGGCAAGACCCCCCCAAAUGCACUUUCCCCUUCCUCUUCGGAAAAAAACUCUUCCACAAAUGCACCAAGGAGGGCUAUAUUUUGAAUCGGAGCUGGUGCUCACUGACGAACAAUUAUAACCAAGAUGGAAAAUGGAAGCAAUGCUCUCCUCACAAUCUUUAGAUAAGUCUUGGUCCUGGAAGGCACAGAAGUUAUAGGCUUCAUCAACUGCCUCUCAAAACAUAUCCUUUCCCUGAUCGUUGUGACCAAUAAAGAUUUGAUGUCUGUUCCA